AUACCAUUGCAUAUUGUUUUGCAAAUUUUCCAAUUACUAACCUUAGUAAUCGCUGUUGGCAGGGCAGCUGCCACUGCACUUUCCAAGAGACAUGUAGAUGGUUCAUUACCAAUUGAAGACUUUAAUAUUGAACUCGAAAACCAGGAAGGGCAAAAAGUACAAUUAGGAACUGAGACUGAUCAGCGGGCAGUACUGAUGGGCCUGAUGCUUCACGAAAACGCAAAGAAUCUAAUUAGGAGACAACUGUAUAAAGAUGCACUGGAAGUGCUCACCAUGGGGGAGGAGGCUUUCUCUCUUUGUGAUCCCAAGGUCCUUGAGUUUAUUGACAAUGUACCAAUACUGCAAAUAGACAUGGUGUGGUGCUAUUUCUUGCUUGGAGAUAUCAGUUGGCUUUCAGUUGCAGGAAUACGCCUUGAAAAGGCCAGAGAAGGACUUGAACGUUGUCAUGGGAAGGAUUUUUCCCGUGUUAGACUCCUUCAAGCUGGUUGCCAGCCACAGCUUGCAUUACACAAGGGAUUGGAGUUGUUGGAAGGGGUUGUGGCAUAUCAUAAUGGUCAGUUUGAUAAAUCAACAAAGGCACUGACAUCUGCUCAAGCAAAAUUCUCACAGUUACAAGUGCCUGAUGAAGCAUUAUCUCACGUUAUGAGCGUGGGCUUCAAGGAACGUGAUGCAAGGAGGGCAUUACGAUUGAACAAUCAAGAUAUAGGGAGUGCUGUUGAUUUUCUUUUUGAGGAAAAGGCAAAGAGAGCACAAAAGCGAGAGGAUGAUAUCCGGCGUAGAAUGGAAAUCAUGGAGCAAAAACAAUAUGGAGUAACACCACUGAAGAAGGCUGUGAAUCUUGAGAAAUUGAAAGAAUUAGUUGCCAUUGGAUUUGAGAAGAACCUUGCAGCAGAAGCCCUUCGAGUGAGGUUACGAAAAUUUCCCCCUGAGAACUCCAUCUCUAUUGAAGAUAGACAGGCCCCUAUUGCCUUUAUUAGCGUUUGUUAUUGUCGCUGCUGGCAAGGGAUGAGUGAAAUGUUGCUGCUACCCGAGAAUCUUGGAAUGCAACUGGGUUGUUAG